ACUACGAACCAAUGUGACUAAGCCCAGGGCACUCUUCUCUUCUCUUCUCUUCUGAAGCUCGCAAAUGGCAAAUACUCUAUUAUGGCAUCCUCUCCGCAUAAGCUCCUCAGAAUCUAUUCGUUUUCUUCUAUAGUCAAGAAAACGUCUUUGAAAAGUUUAGUCAAAGGAGGCACGAAAUCGAGGUGAUUUUUAUUCGGCGGGUAGGGGUCGCUCAUCAGAUAGCCCACGAACCCUUGCAAGCUUUUCUACGAUUGAAAUCCUUAUCCGGCAACCAUCUUUUUCGAUCGUAACUGAAUCGUAAGCUCCCGGAAACUUGCAAUUUUUUGAUUUUUUAUUUUUUAAAUUUGGGAAACAGGAAUAUGCUAAACUAUCAAUUCAGUCGAACCUACUGAGAUGUUCUUCAAGCCCCAAAACUCGAGGUUUCAUUCAUAUAUUCAUCAUUAUGUACAGUUUUCUAGUAUAACCACAAAAUGCGAAUCAAGGUUUCGUUUUUCCCAAUACCCUCUUGUUUAUAAUGUAUCAUUUGCAUUUUUCUCAUCCCAAACCUUCAAGUCCAGACCAUAUUUGGAAGGUUCUUGUGGGAAAUAUGCAGAAAGUUCACAUUUUGGUGAUAUUAGAAAUAUGGAUGUUGCAAGUGAAGAAGUGGGGUGUAGAGAGUAUGGGAGCUUAAGCUUUUCAGACACAUGUUAUAGUGAUAGAGAGGAUAGGGAAAGCUGUAAAUUUGAUGAUUUGGAUGAGUGUGAAGAGUCGGGAAAGGAAGAUGGAGGGGAGAGUGAUGGUGAUGACAAUGGUGAGGAUUUUAAAAUUUUGGAUUCAUUUGAUCGGAAUCAAAAGCGAAGUAAUUGGUGUAAAGUGAAAACUGAGUGGGUGGAGGAUGAAAUGAGACACCCUUUGGUAAAAGAAAUAUGUAGGUUAAUUGAUUUGAGAGCAUCGUGGACUCCAAAGCUCGAGGGGGAACUAAGGCACUUACUAAAAAGCUUGAAACCUCUGCAAGUUUGUGCGGUAUUAAGGUCUCAAUCUGAUGAAAGGGUCGCCUUAAUGUUCUUUUAUUGGGCGGACUGGCAAUGGAGGUAUAGGCAUGAUCCGGUUGUGUAUUAUGAGAUGCUUCGAGUUCUAAGCAAGACUAAGUUGUGCCAAGGAGCUAAACGUGUUCUCCGCCUCAUGGCACGGAGAAGAAUCGAACUCCAGCCCGAAGCUUUUGGUUUUCUGAUGGUUUCUUUUAGUCGUGCUGGAAAUACGAGGAAAGCAUUGCAGGUUCUUACUUUGAUGCAGAAAGCGGGAGUUGGGCUAGAUUUGGGAAUAUGUAAUACUGCAAUUUAUGUUUUGGUGAAGGGGAAUAAGUUGGAGAAGGCGUUGAGGUUUUUGGAACGUAUGCAAGUAGUUGGAAUUACACCCGAUGUUGUCUCGUAUAAUUGCUUAAUCAAGGGGUACUGUGAUGUCCAUCGAGUCGAAGAUGCACUCGAGCUUAUUGCACAGAUGCCAUAUAAAGGUUGUCCCCCGGACAAAGUGAGUUACUACACAGUAAUGGGAUUUUUGUGUAAGGAGAAAAGAGUGGAUGAAGUAAAAGAGUUAAUGGAGAAGAUGACGAAAGAUAAUGAUUUGUACCCUGAUCAGGUUACUUAUAAUACUCUUGUACAUAUGCUCUCGAAGCAUGGCCACCCAGAUGAAGCGUUAAUCUUUUUAAGGGAAGGGGAAGCCCGAGGGUUCGGUAUUGACAAAGUUGGAUACAGUACAGUAAUAAACUCGUUCUGUAAGGCGGGGAGGAUGGAUAGGGCGAAAGAGCUCGUUAAUGAAAUGAUUGCCAAUGGAUGUGUUCCCGAUGUGGUGACUUACACUGCUGUCGUGGAUGGAUUUUGCUCGAUAGGAGAGGUCGAUCAAGGGAAAAAGCUACUCCAGCAGAUGUACAAACAGGGUUGCAAGCCAAACACGGUAUCAUACACGGCCCUUUUGAAUGGGCUUUGUCGAACGGGGAGAUCUUCGGAAGCAAGAGAGACGAUGAAUAUGAGUGAGGAUGGGUGGUGGAGGCCGAAUGCUGUGACGUAUUGUGUUGUGAUGCAUGGCUUUCGUAGGGAAGGAAAGCUCCUGGAGGCGUGUAAUAUAGUCAGGGAAAUGAUUGGAAAGGGGUUUUUCCCUUCUCCAGUCGAAAUUAACCGACUUAUUCAAGAUCUUUGUAGGGAGGAGAGAACGGUCGAGGCAAAGAAGUUUCUGGAAGAGUGUCUGAGAAAAGGGUGUGCCAUUAAUGUCGUAAACUUUACUACUGUAAUUCACGGUUUCUGUUUAAAAAACGAUUUGGGUUCUGCUCUUUCCGUUCUCGAUGACAUGUAUUUGAUUAACAAACAUCCGGACGUUGUCACGUAUACGACACUAAUAGGUGCAUUAGGGAAGAACGGUAGGAUUGAAGAGGCAAUCGAAAUGACCAAGAAACUGCUCCACGAGGGUUUGGUUCCUACUCAAGUGACAUAUCGUACAAUAAUCCAUCAUUUUUGUCGGCAGGGUCGGGUCGAGGAUCUAUUGAAGUUGUUAGAGAAGAUGUUGUCGAGACAAGAGUGCCGGACUGUGUACAACCAAGUCAUCGAAAAGCUGUGCAGUUUCGGAAAUCCCGACGAGGCUUAUAAGCUUCUGGGCAAAAUUCUCCGGACUGCUUCAAGAACCGAUGCCAAUACCUGCCACGUUCUUAUCGAGAGUUAUUUGAGAAAAGGAAACCCUUUGCUCUCGUAUAGGGUUGCCUGUCGAAUGGUCAAGCGGAAUCUGGUUCCCGACUUAAAGCUGUGUGAAAUAGUGAACGAGAAGUUGAUGUUAGACGGGAAAGCAUGCGAGGCAGACAAGCUUAUGAUGCUUUUAGUGGAACGUGGCCACAUUCUUAUCGAGAGUUAUCUGAAAAACGGAAACCCUUUGCUCUCGUUUAAGGUUGUCUGUCGAAUGCUCAGUCGGAAUCUGGUUCCCGAUUUAAAGCUGUGUGAAAUAGUGAAGGAGAAGUUGACGUUAGAUGGGAAAUCACACGAGGCAAACAAGCUUAUGAUGCUUUUAGUGGAACGUGGCCACGUUUUGCCUAAACAUCAGCAGCAGCAAUUGACUUGAGAAGUGACAAGCAAGGGACGCAAUUAACGAGAAUAGAACUUUACUUGGCGCUUGAACUUGGUCCCGCUUUAAACUGGCCGUUUUUACCAGAUAUCAAAGCGGCUGUGUGCUCACUUGUGAGGUUGAAUCUCAUCAUUCAUUGGAGUAGACAUCCAAUCUAAAGAAAGUGCAACAUGAGAAAGAAUGUGAGAAUUUUGCUACUUGCAAGGUAAAAGACCAGUUUAUCAAGUGUUUGAGAGAGAGGGGGAGGGUGGUGUAUCUGUUUACUGAUUUGUAUGAAGUUGAUGAUAAUAAUUUUACCCUGUAAUGGGCUUGCUUAGGUGUGUAAUUGAGUCGAGAAUAGUCAAAACUUGAAACUCGGCUUUAUUUUUAAGAAAUUGAAAUUCGAGCUUUAUUGAGCUCAAGCUAUUUGAAUUUAUUAUAAAAA